GCGCCGCCGCGUGCGGGCUCCUCGCAUUCCGAUGCGGUCUGGCUGCGCGAGCAGCAGUCAGUGUGCGGCGGGACGUCGCUGCGUCGCAACCCGCUCCUCUCGCUCCCGUCCGGGCGCCGUUUUUAAGGCGUCGAAGAUGUCCAACUCCAAGGAGGGCAGCUCCUGUCCCGACGGCUACCGGGCUCUGAGCACCGCCGAGCUGCGGGAGCUGCUGCAAAGCAACGACAAGAUGGACCAAAUUAUCCGACUCAACGAGAAGUUCCAGGAGCUUCAAGUUGACAGAGAGAUGCUGCUGACCACCAACCGGAGCCUGGCUGAGGUCAGCCUGGCCCGGCGGCCCCGCUUUAAUAACGGCAAGCUGCAGCUGGCGGAGAAAUACAAGGAGCUGUCCGGCCUGGUGGCUGCGUGCUGGGAGAAACAGAGUCAGCUGGAGGCUCGCGGGCAGAAGCGCAGCCUGCAGACGGCGCAGAACCUCCUGCAGGAGGAGGUGGCACGAGGCGAGGAGCACUCAGAGGAGCUGCUGGAGAAGUUCAUGGAGGGCAACGUGAGCCUGGACGAGUUCCUGGACUCCUUCCAAAGCUCCAGGAAGACCUACCACAUCCGCCGCGCUCAAGCGGAGAAAAUGCAGGAGGUGGUCCGAGCCCAGAAGCAGCCCAACAAAAGCAAGCGAGCCGAGCAGAACCGGGUCCCGGAGGUGAAGAAGGACUCGGAGCAGCACCAGGAGCCCCAGCGGCCCAACGGCUUCGCCCCACAGGGACCUCUCAGGGUCUUCCAAGUGCGCUACGGGCUAACGCCGGCCAUCCUCGUCCCCCAUUACCCCGUCUCCCCUCCCGCCUCGGCUCCGCCGCAUCACGGUAACGCCCUCGCCUCCGACUCCCCGGCGGUGCAGACCCACAUCCUGAGCCCCAGCAGCCCGCUCCCCGGCCACGGCCAGCCGGUCGGGCUCAGGGUGAUCGGGCAGCUGCCGGGCGGCUGGCCGGCUAACGGGCGGCCGGUCCGGGUGCAGCAGCUUUACAGACCCAACCCGCAGCAGCCGGAGCCGCCGUACCGGUAGCGUCCCCGCAGGGCGCUGUAGAGAGAGACGUGUCCGACAGGUCUUCCAACCCGCGGAGCCGGACGGUGGCUGGGCCCGAUCCCGCAGGCAGAGGCCGACGCAGGCGGCCCCCCGAGGGCCCCCACGUUUCUGUUCUCCACCCACGGCACGGAGGCAUCAGGGGGAAGAGACGCGGAGCAGAAAGGUUAGAGAGGCGGCAGGCAGGGAGAGCUGGGGGUGGGCUGCGAUGACCAGCCGCUGCUCCGGGAGUCUGACUCCGUUACUUUACAGAACCAAACAGAACCAGAACCGCUGCCAAGCGACGGUCUGAACUUCCUCGCUCCUUUAACUCUGCGCCGCUGAGCCACGUUUCAGCAAAUUAGGCCGAGUUGUGCGUUUUCAUGGGAAUUUUCCUCUAAUUAUUAUUAUUAUUAUUAUUAUUAUUAUUAUUAUUAUUAUUAUUAUUAGCGAGAUGUGUCUCUUGUUGUUCCACUCACUCCCCUUCAAAAUGCAUCAUUUUAAUCCGAUCUUAGAUGGUUUUCAGGUUUUUAUUUGACUAUGUGCAUCGAUGGGCGGGACGAAAAAAAGAAGUUUCGAUCACUACACUGCAAAAACAGAGCUAAAAAUAAGUAAAAUAUUCUUUAAAAUGAGUGUAU